GUGUGUGUGGCUACUCUGGUAUUCACAUUGUAUUCGUCACGAUGUGCUAGAGAUGUGAUCGAGUGUGAUGCGGUUACCACCCAUUCAUUAGGCCAGUUCCAGUGUAGAUGCCAAUUUGUAGUAGUAACUUAGUGAUUAGUGAUAGUGUAAUGAGCAAUUGAGACUACCAGUAGAUACUUUGUCUUGAGACUGACUGCCGACUGUCAUCCAUUUGUGAGAGUUGGUGGCCUUGAUGAUUACGAUGUUGAAUAUUACCCGCAUCUUUCACUUUCUAAGUCUGGUACGCUUUGCAUGCUAUGCUGCAUGCCACUCGAAAUCCUAAUCACUGAUGCCACCAACCUCUUACAUAUGUAUGAUAGUAAUCAGUCCCAAUAGUAAGUAUGACAUGUGGUAUGUCAUUUUAGUAUUCAUAUGGUAUGUCAUUGUUACUAUUGGGUCUGCUUACUGUCAUGUAUUUGUGAGAGGUGGUGGCCUCAAUGAUUUUGAUUUUACUGGCAUGGGAUAGCCUGAGAUUUUGAAGUUGAAAGGUGUGGAUACUUUCUAUUGGGACUGAUAGUGACUGUCCUAUAAUAGUGAGAUUCAGUGACUUCAAUGAUUUCGAUGUUCGAUGGCAUGCAAUAGUCUAGUAGUAGAAUACUAUUUACUAUUAUUUAUCGUUAUUUAUUAUAGGUUCGACUCACUGAGUAAACUGAUUUAUUAUUGACAUGGACAAUAUUUAAAAAUAUAACAUGAUGUGUUGUUUUUUAAACUAUAUGUUGUAGUCAACUGGUUUGCCGUACUAAUUGGUCACAUUGUAAAAGUAUAUCUCUGGGUAUUGAUGAUCAAAAAAAUUAUUUAUUAUUACUAUUAUUAUUUUUAUUAUUACUAUAUGUUUUCAAAGAUACACUGGCGUCCGUGUAUGCGUGCGUGCGUGUAUCCGUGUAAACCAGCAUUCUAAUCAUUGAUUUUUCUUGUAGCGCCCUAUUCGGCUAUCACCCACCACACAGCAGCUGUCGGACCUGGAGGGAUCCCUCUCAUGCAGCCCCUCGGCCAACCCAUGCCCGUCAACUUCAUGUCUCCACCCGCCUGCGUUCACGCCGUUCAGACGUCGACCAACGCCGCCGUGGCUGCCGCCUCGUCAGGCGGAGCCGGAAUCGCGAGCUCCUCCCCCGGCUACACAAUCACCUCCAUUCCGCAGCUUCCGCAGCGCGGACGCGACGACGGAAUGAUCAUGGCGAGCAACGCCGGCCAGUUGCAGAUGCAGAUGCAGAUGCAGUCGCCACGUCAGCCGUUGCUGAUGCACAACCCGAUGACACCUCACAUUAUGCUGCAGCCGGGCCAAUGGGCGGUGACGGACCGUGAUGCGCCGCCGCACCUCCUGCCGCAACAGCAGCAACCGGAAAUGGGCGUGAGCGACGUUCCGGUUUCGGAUGGCGGAAACGUCGGCGACGGCAAGUGUCAAGUGCAGAGCAUCGACGCGCUACGACUGCGAGCGAAAGAACACUCGGCCGCACUGGCGAUGGCCGGCGCAAAUCGGAUUCAGUAGAAUAACUUUUUGACGGGUGGUGUAGUAUGCAUGGAUGCUCUUGGCCCUUUGGUUACGUCUUUUUUGUCUGUCUUUUGACGCAGCGUUGACGACUGUGGCGGGUGUAUGUACCACUGGGCGUCUUACCUGACUUUUACUUAUAGUUUCCAUGUUUAGAAGGCGGCCUCAAGUGUCGAGGCGCCUCGGUUUCUUGAAUAUACUACGACUCUGAU